UGCAGCAGCCAGCAGUAUAUAAUCGGCUCAUUUGCAUGAAAAUUCUUCAACACAACAAAAAUUUGUGCACAUUUUUACACGAGAAAUGGGCUCUCAAACUCCUCUUAAGCUCCCUGUAAUCGAUUUCGGUAAGCCAGAACUAAAACCAGGCACGAACGAGUGGGAUCUGGUGAAAGGCCAAGUCCACGUAGCCCUUCGAGACUACGGUUGCUUCGAGGCUACGUUCGACAAGAUCCCGAUCGACCUCAGAAUGUCGAUAUUCGGAUCCUUGGGAGAGCUUUUCGAUCUGCCUUUACAAACCAAAAUCCGAAAUGUUUCCAACAAGCCUUAUCAUGGUUAUGUUGGCCAAUACCCUCAAGUCCCCUUGUACGAAAGCAUGGGCAUCGAUGAUGCAAACGUUUCUGAAAAAGUCGAGGCCCUGACCUCUACUUUAUGGCCUCAAGGAAAUUCAAGUUUCAGCAAAACUAUACACUCCUUCUCGGAGCAACUAUCGGAAUUGGAUCAGAUCAUCAGGAGGAUGGUAUUGGAGAGUUUUGGACUUGAAAAAUACAUGGAUGAACACAUGGAAUCAACGAAUUAUCUUCUAAGGGUAAUGAAAUACAAAGGACCAGAAACAAAUCAAACAAAGCUGGGAUUACACAGUCAUACCGACAAGAACAUAGUGACCAUAUUGUACCAAAACGAGGUUGAUGGGUUGGAGGUUCAAACCAAAGAAGGAGAAUGGAUCAAUGUUAAACCCUCCAAGCACACUUUUACUGUCAUGAUCGGGGAAUCCCUCUACGCAUGGUUAAAUGGUCGAGUGUAUGCUCCGUAUCAUCGAGUCACGAUGACCGGAGACAAGGCGAGGUACUCGGUGGGACUGUUUUCGGUUCCGAAAGGAGGGUACAUAAUAAAGGCUCCUGAUGAGGUGGUGGAUGAAGAACACCCUUUGCUGUUUAAGCCCUACGAUCACGUUGAGUUCUUGGGGUUCUAUUACACCGAGGCCGGUCAAAAAGCUGAGUCUGCUCUUAAAGUUUAUUGUGGUGUUUGAUUCGGCUGUGCAAUUGCUUCCCUCUUGUUUGCUGUGGAAUGAUGAAGCCCUUGUUAAAUAAAC